AUGUUUCCUGUGUUCGAGGAAGAUGGGAAUCGUACCCAUCACCCUCUUGAGCAUAAACAGGUUAAAGAAUUGGUAGAGUCUGUUCGCACUUAUGGUAUCAGCGCGAACUACACUCUGUCGCAAAUAGAAAGACUGUCCGCAGUGGCCAUGACUCUCUCGGACUGGAUUGGAGCUCCUUUUGUACCCUCUAACCUAUAUGCUUACCAUCUAUCUCCCUACUCCACCCCUCACCUCCAGCUGCAGUCCAUGGUGGAUCUCCUUGAAGGUGUCCUGUACAGCAUGGAUCUGAUGAAAGUACAUGCCUACAUCCACAAGAUGGCCUCCCAUAUGAACACACUGGAGGAGAGCAUCAAGGUCAACCUGGGCCAGAACAAGGUGGUGAAAGACAGCAUAUGUUACCUCAGUGAGCAGCUGAAGAGCUAUGAGAACCAGUCAACCAUCAUGAUGAGCAUUAAGAAGGAACUGUCCAGUCUGGAUCUCCAGCUGCUGCAGAGGGAUGUGGCUGCUGUUCCUGCUAUUGCCCCAGCCUCAGGCCCUGACAGCAAGGCUCAGGACACUGCUGGAAGACAAGGCAAAGACCUCAACAAAUAUGGCAGCAUUCAAAAGAGCUUCUCAGAUAAGGGCUUGCUGAAGGUGGAGAACCUGAGGAAGGAGAGCAUCAAGGGCAGAAUACCCCACCCCACAGCCAGGCCACAUGCCCUGUCCCAGUAGCAGGCUGUGGUCCGAGGCUUCACCUACUACAAGGCAGGUAGGCUGGAGGUCAAAAAAAAAAAAAGUGCCCAAGACAAUACCCUCAAGGGCACUUCCUGGCUGGAGAAAAUACCACCUAAGAUGGAGACCAAGCUUCCAGAGUCAAACUCUGCCAAAUGUGGUGGAGUUAUACUGCAGGCCUCAGAAGGAGCCAGCUUGGUCCCUGACAUCUCCACUUCUACCCCAACUCCUAUCACGACUCCCUGGCCUACUGAGCCAACUUUGCAUCCAGAAAUCCCUAGCCAAGGUAGGGAGGACAGCUGUAAGGGUACCCUCAGAGCCUUGGACCCCUCUGUAAAGCACCACAGUUAUGGGCACCAUGAAGGGGCAUGGAUGAAGGACCCUGCAGCUCUAGAUGACAGGCUCUACAUCACCAAUUACUACUAUGGAAAUAGCCCGGUGGAAUUUUGAAGCCUGGAAAACUUCAAAAAAGGUCAGGGAAGCUGGACCAAUGAGAACAUGGAGAAUUACCAGUGUACUGCAGUAAGAGCAAAAAUAAAAAAAGAGCUGGCCAAGAAGCUGGGUGAGCUGCAGGAGUGGCUGGGAGAGCUGAAGGAAGUAAAGCCAUGGGGGUGA